AUGUGUCUCGUUUUCAUGCAAUUCUACGUUCGCUUCAAUUCCUCACUAUCCUAGAUCAUGAAGUCCAUGUUAGGUCUCGCCGUUUUGCUUCCCCUCGCUACUUCCGCCGCCUCAGGUAGCCUUCUGCACGAUCGUCGUCCCCACGAACAAGCAAAAUCUGGCGCCCACCAUUCUCCGCGACAGGCUCCUGGUAUCGAUCCCAACUGGGAUCCGCAAGCACAGCCAGACUUCCACCUCAACCCAGAUUGGUCUCCCGAUCCCGACAAUGUCGAACCCAUCUCCCUCGAUGGCGGCAUCUCACCAUGGGACGAUAGCGGCCGCUCGCAAAUGAUGGACUUCCAACCCCUCUGGGUGAACUGUCCGGCCCGCUAUCUUAAUUGUCAUAAGUGCCCUCGAGACUUUCGGUGUCACCUUUCAUCGUCUUCAACAUCAGUCCCCAGCGCGACGCGAACCCCGCAUUCGAAACCACCACAGGGCGAAGAGUUCAACGCGCUCACGGGGCCACAGCUUGUGGGUUUUGGAAACCUCGGCGGGAAGAAAGAGCAGUGCCCGCUGAGAAAGUGUGGUGGUAAGGCGGGCACGGAGUGUGGCCCAGGUGCGAGAUGUUCCAAGGGCUAUUGCGCGUGUCCGGCGGGGUAUAAAGGAGAUAGCGGGAAUGCAUUGCGGGGACGGAGUCGGCCAGAGGCAUUGACAGUGUAUGUGGAUCCUGGAAUUGCAUGCGAUACGCCCUGCCAGGUCUUGUUCUGCCCCGAGGUGGAGAGGGUGAGAGGAUGCUUUGGGGUGGAGGCACUUGCUGGGCAGCCAAGUGCGACGACGCCUGCGAGUGGAAUAGCUCAGAGCACGCCGUCGAUGGGCGCCGCGGGUCAUGAAGAGCCGGAGAGCCAGGGUAUAGCUGGAGGUCAUGGCGUUAUCCAGUUUCCAGGCGUGGUUCCGCAGGAAGGUUCGGACUAUGUCGCGGGCAUUGCGGACUCUGGGGGCAUCCGGGAGAACGUUAUGCACUGAGCAAUGGGAUACCGGGCCUCGAGAAACUGUUUGCGUUUAAUUUAGAAAGCUAGUAUCGUCGAAACAUUAGGACUCGCAUUCCGACC